UGGCAACAAUCCUUGACAGCUGUUUACUCAAGUGGCAUGAUAGGAAGGAUGUUAAUCCACUCAGCAUGAGCAUCAGCAACUAGAGCACCUAAGGAGAAGAAGACAUGGGCUUGUUGUCCAUCCUUCGGAGACUGAAGCAGUCUCCGGACCAUGAGGUGCGCCUACUGCUGCUCGGAUUGGACAACGCUGGCAAAACCACCCUGCUGAAGCAGCUGGCUGCUGAAGACAUCAGCCACAUCACUCCAACGCAAGGAUUUAACAUAAAGAGCGUGCAAGCUUCUGGCUUCAAGCUGAACGUUUGGGACAUUGGAGGGCAGCGCAAGAUCCGUCCUUACUGGAGAAGUUACUUUGACAACACAGAUGUGCUGAUCUAUGUCAUUGACAGCUCAGACAGGAAAAGGUUGGACGAGACAAGUUUGGAGCUCGCCGACUUGCUGGAGGAGGAGAAGCUCGCUGGCGUGCCGCUGCUAAUCUUUGCCAACAAACAGGACUUAAUGACGGCCUCUCCUGCAUCCGUGCUGGCGGAGAGUCUCAACCUGCACACCAUCAGAGAUCGCAUGUGGCAGGUGCAGGCUUGCUCAGCACUCACCGCAGAGGGAGUGCAGGAUGGCAUGACAUGGGUGUGCAGAAACAUAAAAUUUCGGAAGAAAUAAUUCCGCCACCAAAGACAUUUUUCAGCGGUAACACAUUUUUAUUUCUUUUAUUUUAGUUUUUCCUACAGUCAGAGAAGUGAUUGACUUGAUAUAUCCUUUUAUAGUUUUUUUUAAAUUACUGCCCUCUUUUGAUCUCUGCAAAAUCUGUAUUAGUCUGUAAAUAAUCAGUUUUUAUUUAUUUGUUUGUUUAUUGUUUUUUCAAAUAUUCUCUUUAUGGAGUUGAAAAAAAAUUGUUCAGGAGUUCUGCAGAUAUAUCUUAUGAACGCUAGAGGGCGACCUUAUGCCAAUUUCUUUUCGUCACAUCUUAACAAUCAAUUCUCAUCCUCUAACCAGCAUAGUGGUUGUUUCCUUUCACUUGUUCUGUUCAUAAUCGUCCUCCAAAAGAGACCAUUAAAACAAAAACACACCUUCCCUAUUACUGUUAGAUGGAUUUUAAGUCACAGACUCACAGAGGAGGCCCAAUCAGCAGUAAUCAACAGGACCUUAUGUGUUUUGCUCAUUCCUAUUCUGAAAUUCUGCCUUACAGAAAAUUCAAAAGUCACCAAAAACCAAGAACCACACUAAAAAGAAGCAGUCAUUCUCUCUUGUAUUUUGUAAUGAACCUCAAACACCUUGUUCAUCCAGCUGGUUUGAUUUCCACCAUGUUCAUCACGAUUUUACCAGAAAAUCGUUUUGUUUUGUAGUUUUUUGUGCUACAUUUGCUAAAAAUGCUCCUAAUCUGAACUGGAUGGAUGCACCACUGUGAUCAAAGAGGGCAUUUACAUACAGACCUUUUCCAGGACUAAUAGUUCUCCAAUACAAUUUGCAUUUAUAUAGUCCCCUUCAUACCAACAUGAUUUGGCACCUUUGCCCAUGAUAAAAAUAAACCUCCUUCUUUGGCCUUGACUGACUGCCCUGCUGCUGCUGCUGUUGCUGCUGUGUGUGCAUUUGUGUGUUCCUCCUACUCUGCAUGUGUAAGGUUGGCUGAUUUUAAUAUAUCAGAGCUGCCCGGUCCUCUGAUGGAGCCUGGAAUGAGUGCAGAACCACUCAGAACUGGCAUCAUGGUGGUUUAAGGCGCCACAGGGAGUUUGCGGUUUUAGUUUCUGCAUACGCGUUCCUGCUUUAGCAUUUUUGUUUGUGUUGUGUUUGGGAAAACUCAAACGUGAGACUCAAAUUUCAAAAGAGAUAGAUAAAUAGUUGAAUACUUUUGUAGUUUUUCUUUUUUCUUUUUUAAUUAAACGAGCUGUUUUAUGCCAUAACGUUUUUUUUUCUCAAGAAAAUAAUGUUAAAAAAUGAAAUUUUAAUUCAAGUAAGAUAUUAUUAGAUUCCAAUGCUAAAUGAUCAUAUCAAAUAAAACACUGUAUCUUCACUUGUUUCAAUUUCUGCAUGACGCAGGCUGAUUAAUCUGUUCCCAUUUCUUUAAAAUGGAAUAGAAAUCAGAAGGCAAAUGCUGUGAAACGCUCUUAAACUCAAAUGAAUAAAAGUGCAAUUGCCAAACAGAGGAGUGAAUUGGAGCAACCAGUCCUAGUUACCUCUAGCUCUAUCAUCAAAGAGGCAGUCAGGCCUGCAUAAGGCCAUAAAUCACAGGAUUUUCCCAGCCUCUCAGGCCAACCAGUCCCACUUCCACGCAGGAGAAGCCAAGAGCACUGAGUCUGAUUGACUCACGCGGACAACAUGACCGAGGGACAGAGAUUAUGUGCGUAAUUAAAGGUCUUUUUUUAUUUCAGAAUGAGGUCGGUGACUUUUAAAGAACCAGCAAACCACAAAGCGAGUGUCAAAAAAAAGUUAAAUGCAGUAAAAGUGUAAGAGAUUAAAAAUGUCACUAUUGUCUAUUGGUAUGAUAACUAAAUGCUGUAUGUUAAUAAAUAAUAUUGUUUUCCAAAAUCACAUUGUUUGUUUUUUGUAAAGAAAUACAUUUAAGCAGUCAGAAAAAGCCUUAUUAAACAGAUAUAUCACACUGUGUGCACCUAAAAAGAACACAAUUUCAAACUUCUGCAUGACAUUUUCAAUAUAUAUCAAAUGUUUUGUGUUGUUGUUUUAGUCCAAUGCAUUGACUACCAACUUUUUUUUUUUAAUUCUUGUAAAUUUUAAUGUAUAAAUUGCAAGGAAUUUGUUUUUUGCACUCAUUAAACAUUAUUUCUUGAUUGAACCCUGCAGACAUUUUGAACUGAUUUGAAAAGUUUUUUUUGUCCGAAUGAUUAAACAAUGUGACAGUAGCAACAAAGAUGUUAAAAUAUUGAAUCUUUUUUUGUCCCAUGAUGGCUCUAUUAUGCUGGUAAAUAUUUUUCUGCUAUUUACUGUCAAAACAGACAAAUAUGUAUCUGUUUAAAUCAGCGUAUUAAAGCGGAUAAUGCAGCUAGCCAAAUAAAGCUAAUGAAGAAUGAAGCCCUGUUAUGGUUGAUUGAUAAGAGAUCAACAGUGUUUACAACAAAACAAGAACAUUGGACCAGGCAAGCUUUUAGGAAUCAAACAUACCGUAGAUUUAAAAAAAAUGGAAACAUAUUUUAUGUGUGUCUAUAAAAAAUGCAGUAUAAUUCAUUUUAAAUUGUUCACGAGACAGACCACUACUUUUAUUAAUCAUCGCAGUUUCAUUUUAUACAUGGGAUGAGGAACUGCAUUAUAUGCAUUUACCUUGACUAAGCAAAGAAAAAGGUUCCAGUGACAAAACUAUCGAAUUGUUCUCAUUACUAACUAAUAAAAUAACUUUUUUUUUAACAUUCCUGGUGUCCACACUUCACAUACAUAAAAUCAGCUAUUUUUCUUUCCUUCAGUGAAAUGUGAUGCAUUUUCUUUAUCUAAUAAUGAUUUUGUUUAUUGAUUUAAUAAUGAAAAACCGUUGUGUGAAUCUUCAAAAUUAGUUUUUUGACCGGUGGCGCUUGUUCCCAUGUGUGUCAUAGUGUCACGGCGACAAAUCAAUGUUUGAAAAAAAAAAGUAAUAUUCAUAUUGGCUCCUUCACAUUUCAUUUUGG